AAGAACCACCAAAAAGUAAACAAUCUCUUCCUCCAAAGGGUUUUCACUAUGAAUAUUACUUGUCAUAAGUUACUGCUAUUAAUAUGACCAGUCGAAUUAGUGUGCUUGGUUGCUGAGAAAACUGAACAAGAUACAAAUUCGUUUGUUAAUUGAAAAUGUGAUGAAUCACCAUCUUCAUCAUCCUCAGGCAAGUCAUAUAGAUACACGGAAUUCUGGAUGAUGGUUCUAUAUCUUUUGGAAAAUUUGGUAAUGAGUCGCUUGGGAAAAAUGGUUAGUUUUUUCUCACAAUCAACGACAAGAGGGGCUCCAAAAGUUCAAGGACCUUGGAUUUGUUUAUCAGAAGAAGACUUGCUGUGAAGAAUAUUAUAAAAGAGUUAGAGCUAUGAAUUCAUCACGAUCAGAGAAGCAAGAAACCAUUCAACCUGAUCUUCACCAAGAUGUGAGGACUAACACUACACACGAAGGAAAUGUCACCAAACCUACUGUUCUUGACGGCGAAAAGAACUUUGGACACUUCAAUGAAAUUCGAAAAUUUGAUAGUGAUACUAGUUCCGACUUUGAUUCUUUUGAAGAAGGCAUUGUGGAUGAACCAGAAGAAGAAGCUACCGGAGAACCAUUUGGUUAUUAUUGGAAUAAUGACAACGAAAGGCUUAACAUGGCAGCAACUAAAAGGUCCUUGUUUUCUAUUGCAAAUCAUUCAAUAGAGGAGGCUUUUUCAUCACCUACUUCAACUAUUGGUAGUUCAGAAACUGCCCAACAAGAAAGCCUUGCCUUGAGUUCUGUAGAAAACAUCACCGGCAUGCGAAAGAAACCUGUUCGGACUAGAAAACAUAAGGGAAAUGCCACUUUAGCUCGAAACAAAACAAACCUAAGCUGCAAAACUACAUAUGAUGCUAUUCGGCCAUCUGAGAAGAAAAAACCAUCUCCAAAAAAUAAGAAUAGUAUUAGAGACAGCAACAACAGUCUUGUCUUGAGCAAUCAACGCACAUCUAAUGCUGGAAGGCGGGGUACUGCCGUCCAUGCUUUGUCACAAAGACAACUUUCUGAAGCAUGCUCCAGUUCCACUUCAUUGCCGAGGAACAGAUUGCUAAAUUCUUCUCCUACUAGUUCAAGUGAUCAUAGUUCAAGUGAUCAUACAAAGGCAAGUCAGAAUCACCAAGAUUUCGUAGACAACUUUUUUAGACUGCUGUCAAUUGGUGUACAAUCUGUUCAGAGCCCUCCAAAGGAGAGAGCUGUUCUUGGUGGUUUGGAACACAAGGCUAGAGAAAACAGGUUUACAAAGCUUCCUGUGCAGAAUAAGUUGAAGCAAAACAAUGGAGUUGAAUUAGGACAAAGAAAUUAUAUCAAAGAAAAAAAGCAAAAAGAGGUAUGGCAAGACAUAAGUAACGUAAAACUUGGAAGAGACCCCAAGUCUGCCACAAAUAAGAGUAUAAUAUCGUUAUCAGCACACUUGAUUCAUGGUCGAAGGGAACAAAGGCUCAUGAUGCCAAGUUGGAGUUGACAGAAAAUAGGGCAUUUGUUAGUUUUCCAUAGCCUGCCAAAUCUGUAUAGAACUGUGCAGCACUAACACAUUUGAAAGGGCUGCAAACAGGCACAAUUGGAUGGAAAAUAUUUACAAGAACUCAAUCAAGCAUGAAAAACCUAGGGAGUGAAUUGGGCAUCGAGAUGGACCAUAAGGCUUAUUUCAUGUAACUGAUUUCUCAGAGGAAAGUAAAUUCACGCCAGACUAACAAGUAAAAAGAUAUUUUUGCUUAGACUGCAUCAUCUGGCUCUCUAGAGCAUGUAACAAUGAUAUUUUUACUUAGACUGCAUCAACUGGAUUUCUAGAACAUGUACUUACAUUUAAAAGUUAACGGGUCUUUUCUAAUGGAUGCUUCAUGCUUAUUAUGGUCG